AUGACCACCACGAACGUCCUUAUUGUUGGCGCCGCAGGGCAGACAGGAGCAUCCAUUACGAACAGUCUUUUGGAAUUCCCGACUGAGUUUGAAAUCACCGCCCUAUUGCGCCCGGCGUCAGCAGAUAAACCAGAGAAUGUCGCGCUGAAAGAGCGCGGGGUUAAACUGGCCCCUGCUGACCUUCAGGGGCCACAGGAUGAACUUAUCAAGCUCCUUUCUGGGAUUGACGUGGUCAUCUCCGCCAUCGGGCCGACAGCUCAACUGGACCAGAUUCCACUUGCGACCGCUGCAAAAGCAGCUGGUGUGAAGCGAUUUAUCCCCUGCGGAUUUAUUACGGUUGCACCACCGAAGGGGGUUAUGUGGCUGCGCGACCAGAAAGAGGAUGUCUAUAAUCACAUCCGCGAGCUAUCCCUGCCGUACACGAUCAUAGAUGUUGGCUGGUGGUUUCAGGUUGCGGUCCCUCGUGUUCCAUCUGGCCGCGUAGACUACGCGGUGAUGAACCCUGACGCUAACGCAAUCAUCGGCGAUGGCGACCAGCUUAGCGGGCUCACGGACCUGCGAGAUGUCGGUCGUUAUGUCGCGAGAAUAAUCGUGGACCCUCGCACGCUGAACAAGAUGGUGUUUGCGUACAACGAGCUACUCACACAGGACAAGAUAUUCAAGCUGAUGGGGGAGCUGAGUGGGGAGAAAAUUGAAAGAACCUAUCUUCCCGCGGCCGAAAUACACUCACGAGUCGACACCGCUAGAAAGGCGAUGAAAGAAGGAUCCACAGAUGCGCUUGACAAAUUGAUGCUUUAUACGAGCGAAUACUGUCUGUCCUGGGGCCUGCGAGGAGACAAUACGCCAGAAUACGCAAAGUUUUUGGGAUAUGUGACUUCCAAGGAGCUCUAUCCAGACUUCAAUGGUGUGAGAUUUGAAGAUUACCUGAGGGAAGUGCUUGAGGGAAAGGCCAAGCGAGUUUAUCCAGACUUGAAGUUCCCAAAAUCAUAA